CUCGGUUUCAUAAAUAGAUGGAUACGGUUACUAGCACAAGUGCCUUUCACACAGCCGUUGCUCAAAGAAAGCUAAAAUUGAUAAAGAUCCUUCUAGAAGGUGGGUCUAAUAUCAACGUACAGGCAUACGAUGGGAAAACAGCUCUCAUGAUUGCCUUGUCGUUUUUCCGCGCGGACGAGCAGGUAGAAAAUAACACUGAGGUAAUACAAUUACUUCUUAAACAUGCGGCAGAUCCGAACUUACAGGAUCUUCAAGGUCGAACGGCACUGAUGUAUGCCUUACGAUAUAAAGCAACGGCCAAAGUCGUGCAAAUGAUAUUACAAUUCGGUGGAGAUCCUCACAUACGGGACCGAUAUGACAAAAGUGCGUUUUGUUUUAUCAAAUCAAGUGAUUGGUCUAAGUACAGCACUAUUUUGCGUCCAUAUUUCAAGCAGGACAAAAGAUUACGAGGUAAUUCAAAACAAGUAGCUGCUUUUGAUAGUAAUGCAAAUAGAAUUGACAAAAAGAAUGAGCUAAAAGUUUUGCAGACAAAUACGAAGAACACCCAGGAGGAAGAUAUUGAUUUGUGUAUACCUACAAUCACGUUGAAUUUGGUGUCUGAAAGAAAAAAAUCAAAGAAAAGCGAUGCUUACUUGAAACGCCGUUUUUCUGCACAAGUUAACUUGCUAUCCUUUCUGACACCUACUUCUGAAGAACCUGUUAAUAGCAGAGAUAAUAAGAACAUAAAUGUAUCUCAACUGGAUGGAACUGAUGCAGACUAUCAUUGCAAUUCAAAUAUAGACACAACAGACGUUCAAACACAAAAUGCUGAUGUUGAUGUUAUAUCUAGUGACAUGAAAAUAAGCACGUCAGUCGAUGGUGACUUGUAUCGUCGGUCUAACUCUUUAUUCAUAGAACAUCGUAAGAUUCCAGCAGCAGUAUUUGCUCGACGACAGUCGUGUCCAGAAGCUAUCGCACGUCAAUUGUAUAGUAAGCAUACAGGACAGACAAGCCAGAGUCCAAGUGUGGAAAACAUUUCAGAACAUAUGAUCUUUGACGACAGCAAAAGGAGGAAUUCUGACAUAGAUAUUUCAAUUGUUGAUAGAAACAUUCUUACUCAUUGCAAUGUCAAGUAUUUGCCAAAACUUCCACCUAUUGAGAAACGUUUAAACUGACAUUGUAAUUAAAAUGAUUUAAAUUUUAUUAUUAAAAUAUGAACACAAUUUGUUAAAUGUCAAUCAUACAUACGUCUACCAGUUAACAUUAAAAAGCAGGUGCACAUACUUUUAUGAGAAAUGUAAUAUUGUACUAAUACGAAUGUAAAACAAAAUAAUAUUUAGACUAUCAUCCAUAU